AUGUUUCGAAAGAGCUUGCAUGCCCAUCGAACGACACAUGAGGGCAGCAUUCAACAACAUAAACAUGCAACUGUACGGCGCUGUCUUCCGAGUGGCUGAAACUGUACCUGUUGUUACCUUUGCCACUUUCUUAAUACAGUGUGUUUUUGGUCCAACGUAAUAACACCAAAAUGGAUGAGAAGCAGGGACCAACUUCUGAUGAUGUCCCAACUGGGGAGGUAACGUCAACCACAGUUACAGAGGGUGAUGUUGUCAAGAAGCCAACAGAUGCGGCCAUCACUAUGGAUGCUAUUCCCAAUGAAGAUGAGGAGGACAAAUCCAAAGGUCUUGACCCACAAGAUAACUAUUCUACCAGCACCUUCGACGUACCAGUGACUGGCGCUGCCAUAACGGAUCCUUAUCACUAUCUGACACAUCAGCACUUCACCUCAGAGAUCUUCAAGAUUGAGAUCCAAAACCUCCCAAGACAUUUUGGAUUUGUGGGAGACAUCAGUUCCCAGCUCAACAGCUCCACCAGUGAUCUUCCUGACCUCACCAGACAGUUUUUUUGUGGUCUGUUUCAAGUCGAUCAUUAGGCUCUGUGAAUGACUGCUGAAUCUACGAGCUCAAUGAAUACAAAGCUGUCAUCACGGCUACCGAGGUAUUUGAAGCUUCUCUACGGAAAACAGUGUCAAGAGCUGAUAGUUGAAGCCCGCAAGCUGAUGAAGAGAGAGCUGCACAAUACAAAGAGAGUCGGUACAAUGAAGGUUGACAACAAGAACCUCAAAGAUCAAAAACAAGAUGCCAAGGACAAGUGCCACGUCAGCGAGGGUAUCUUUGCACUGCCUGAGUGUGCAGUCAGUGAAAGCAUAGAGUGUCUUGUUAAUCUAGCCUACCAGACAUUACAAGAAGCUGGUAGUAACACACCACAAUGUGCCAUCCAACUGUUCUACACAGUGCGAAACAUGUUUGAGAUAUUUUGCGAUGUCGUACCCACAUACCACAGAGAUAGUCUGCAAAAGCUAUCUCUGGAGUGCGCACUCCACCACAACAACUGCAUGUACAUCGUCCCAUCACCUGCUGACGCUGGGCCAUCAGUAUCGUCAAUCCUUACCCCCGCCCCUCUGUGACGGCACAUCCACAUUUGUCGACCUCAUCCCUGUCUUCAGGAAGCUGGCAUCCGAAUGUUUCUUGGUUCAAAUGAAAAUGAUGUUGACUUAACUCAGUCCAACUUGAAUCUGGCUGGCGGUCGGUCCUCUGGCUGUAACAUGGAUCUGAAACUACAUAACCAGCUGAGUAAAUACAUGUACCUAGCCCCAGAAUUUGACGUCAGUAUAGAUGAUAAUGGGGAAAUCGUCAACAUUCUUAAUGUCAUCAAGCUUUGAGAACGGAGUUGAGGCCAGACAGACAGGGGGCAUAGGAUUGGACUGCAUAUUUG